UGAAAAAGAAGAUCUGUAGACAAUUUUUUUUCUAGGAAAUUCUCUACCAUGAAGAUUCUUCUUUUUUUCUUUAUUCUGCUCUUUUGGGUCACAAUUUUACCAGCCAGAAGUGACUUUCAACCAAAGUACAGAUUUGAGAGAUGCCAAAAAGUGAAAGGAGUAUGUAAAACAUUUUGUGACGAUAUUGAAUAUGAUUAUGGAUACUGCAUUAAAUGGAGAAACGAGUGCUGUGUGUAA